AUGAUGUUCAAAGUGCUGAUUUUUUUGGCUUGUUUGGCCGUUUUUACUUGUAAGUUUAACAUUUUAAAGCAUUUUUAGGUAUAUUUUAAGCUGUAGAAUUAAUAUGAACUGUAAGAUUAAAGUCUUAAAAUUAAGUUUUUAAUCUUUUUUCAACAAAUUUUGCCAAUUUUUGGGACUGUUCUAGGCUUUUUUCAACAAAUUUUAACCACCCUCAUUUUCAGCUGCCAGCCCAGCUAUUGUCCGCCAAUUCAAGAAAAUCGUCAACUCUGAUGUCUGUCUCAAACAAUGCAUGGAACGUCUUCAAGAAAACGAUGUUGAGCUCUCCCUGACCAAGCGAACCAACAUCUCUGACCAUCUUCUGAACCUCGAUACCGUGUGUGAAAUGAUCGGAGCGGCCAGAACUUGUCUCGAGAAUUGCCAAGCCAAGUCCAAUCCUUUUGCUCUUCGCUCGGUCAAUGCUUUGUGUGAUAGUCAGACCAAAAAGAUUGUCAAUGAGCUGCAGCCUUGCUUGAUGAACAAUGGCAAACAGAUUAACGACCAGUGCAUUGAAGAGUGCGGUGACUACGAAACCUUCCAUGAACAAGCCAAUGCUCUUUCGGCUAGACUGGCCUCUGACCCUAACCACGACCAAGAAGCCCACAACACUCUGGCUCGUAUGUCAAAUGACGCUUGUCGUAUGUUCAAGUGCUCUCAACGCUGCACCGUUCUCAAGACUUCAGCUACAUGCCCACGAUUGGCCGAUGGAAAUGAUGCCGGAGGCGCGAUUCGCUAUCUCAUCGACCUAACUCUCCACACCCACCGUGCCGACCUGGACAGCAUGAGAUUGACCAACGUUUUGGCCGCUCAAGUCGAGCCAGAAUGCAACUAUCUCUACGCUCCAGAAGUCAUGUGGGAUGUGCAACGUGACCAUCUGAUGGUGUUGUCACUUCACGCUCAGUUGAAGAGGAUUAACGCUGACAUUUUGGCUGGACGUAAACCAACCUUCACUACUCCACCACCUCACAUUGAUGAACAGUUCGUGGCUGAAGCUGAAAAGGUUGAGAAGGAACUCCACGAGAUCUUGCACACUUUUGAACAUCCAAAACACAUCUAG